ACGGCACUGGCAGGGAUUCUGUCUCUCCUCUCUAACACCAUCUAGAAGGCAAAGUCCAGUUGAAAACCUCCAGCUGCAGGACUUUUUAAAAAUACUCAUUUUUAAUGAAUAUUGACUGAUUUUCCCAGAAAGAUAAUGGGUGUACAGGAUUACAUUUGCAUCACUAUGACUGGUGGGGCACCUUGGGGUUUCAGACUUCAGGGUGGCAAGGAAGAAAAGCAGCCUCUGCAGAUUGCCAAGAUUCGAAAUAAGAGCAAAGCAUCCAAGGCUGGGUUAUGUGAAGGAGAUGAAGUGAUAUGUAUCAAUGGCAACCCUUGUGCUGAGCUAACUUAUUCUGAAGUUCUUGUUCUGAUGGAAGGCCUGACUGACACUCUUCAAAUGCUUAUCAAAAGAUUCUCCAAUGGGACAAAUGAAACUUUAAGUCCAGAACUAGAAAAUGAAAACCUCACUGAAAUUAAAGAUAAGGAAUAUAAAGAAAGCACUACCCUACAGAUCAGAACAGCAAUGCCAAGUCCCCACCAGGAAUUGCAGAUCAUAGUGCCAACUGAGGAAACACUCCCAACAAACAUAGAGCAAACUAUUGUGGAUUUUUCUGGGGCAAAGCAAGAAAUAAUCCCCUGCUACAAAAUCCCUCUCAAAGUGAUCGAAGCCCCUAAAGUACACUGCACGGAGGCGUCUGCCGUCUCUGGGGGCAAGCCUGGCUCUACAGUUGAGUUACAGUUGUCCUUUUCGCCUGACAGGAAUAAAAGCAGCAGCACUGGGUCUGGUCUGACUGUUGUGGAGGUCCAAGAGAGCAAGCCUCUGGAAACAGGAUCGGUCCUAACACAAGAAGCGACUAGCUGGGUAAAAGAGCCUUCUGCCCAGUGGACAGGCAAGAUAGUCCAGAUUGUUGGUGGCAAAGAGUUCCAAGCAACUCAUGAAGAUGAGAGAAAGGAACUCUCUCUCACUAAGGUGGAAGUGAUUCUGGACUGUUCUGACCAGGCAAAAGAAGCAUCCAGGUCUCUGGCUGAAAAGGGGUGUGUAGAGUCUCAAGUGGAAGGAGGGCAGUCAGAAGCACCUCCUUCUGUGGUCUCCUUUGGAAUCUCAUCAGAAGGCACAGAGCAGGGGGAAGACGAACAGCCCUCUGAAAAGGAACCCAGCAGACCUCACAAGCACCGGGCAAGGCACGCCAGGCUGAGACGGAGUGAAAGCCUAUCAGAGAAGCAGGUGAAGGAAGCUAAGUCUAAAUGCAAAAGUAUUGCUCUCUUACUGACAGCAGCUCCAAAUCCCAACUCCAAAGGAGUGUUGAUGUUUAAGAAGCGUCGCCAAAGGGCCAGAAAAUAUACUUUAGUUAGCUACGGCACUGGGGAACUAGAACGUUACGAAGACGAAGGUGAAGAAGACGAGGGUGAAGAAGGUGAGAAGGAGGACACUUUUGAAGUAACUUUAUUUGGCACAAGUGAGUCAGAAAUUGAUGAAGAUUUCUUCUCUGACUUGGAUAAAGAAGAACGGAUUGUGACAUUUGAUUGGGAUACUGGACUACUUGAGAUUGAAAAAAAACCCAAACGUGGGGACGAGAUGUCACAGCUGCUUCCAGAGACCAAGGGCAAAGGGGCACUCAUGUUUGCCAAAAGACGUCAAAGGGUAGACCAGGUCACUGCUGAACAAGAAGCAAUGAAGAUGCAGGGUAUGCAUAGAAUUGAGGCACAUCGAGAGGCCACUUCAACAGAGACCACCCAAAAUAUGAGUGCUUCCUUUUAUCAGGCAAAACAAGAAGAAUCUGCCAGAAUGCAGAAAAGCCAUAUAAGCAAAAGCUACAUAGAAAUGAACCAUAAUCCUAGGAUGACCAUUCAGCAAAAUGGCAUCAGGGUUGUCCCAGAGAUAAAUAUGAUAUAUCCACCUCCAGAAGCUGUUAGCUCGCCUACUUCAAACAGAACAGCCAAACCUUUCCCUGGUAUUCAGAACAGAGCAGCAGUUCCAUUUUCACCCCCAAGAAGCAUGGUUACUCUUCCCUCUGAGCUACCUGCCCCACCUCCUUAUACUUCAGUCAGUCCACCAUCUGAAACAUUAUAUAGAACUGUUUUGACUCCAGUGGCCACAAACAUGAGUCAGUCAACAUUGUGGUCUCCAACAGAAUCAACAGAGCAGAUUGCAUCCAGGGAUGAACGGAUUGCUGUGCCCGCAAUAAGAACUGGAAUAUUACAGGAGGCCAAGAGAAGAAUCACUGCAAAGCCUAUGUUUACGUUUAAAGAAGCUCCCAAAAUGAGUCCAAAUCCUGCUCUUUUGUCCCUCGUACAGAAUACAGAAGGCAAAAAACCUGGUGGCUUUGAAUCAGGUCCUGAAGAAGAUUACCUCAGCUUGGGAGCAGAGGCCUGCAAUUUCAUGCAAAUCCAGGCAGCCAAACAAAAGAUCCCACCCCCAGUUGCUCCCAAACCCUCAGUAAAAGUUUCUCCUACUGCCACAACACCUAUUUCACCAGUCUGGUCACCUCCAGUUGUGGCUGUUACUCAAGCUCCAAUCUUUCCAGUUCCAAAAUCUCCAGAAGUAAUAAGUCCAGCAGUCAUCAAAGUAGCACAACCAGCUUAUCCCCCUCCACAGCCUCCGCAACCUCCACAGCCUCCUAGUACUCUUAACCUGGAGUCUUCCUUUAAGGGGGCUCAAGUUUCAUCAUCCCACCAAAAUUAUACCCCUAAAACAACACCUCUCACUCCAUUAGGAAAUGCUGUUCUUGCUGGUGGAAUGGGGCCAGCUUUUGAGAUGCCCCCAGCAUUGAGUGGUAAGGGAGCUCAGCUCUUUGCUAAAAGGCAAUCACGGAUGGAAAAGUAUGUAGUAGACUCAGAAACUGUGCAGGCCAAUCGGCCCCAGGCUUCAUCCCCAACUCCAUCAUUACCAGCAUGUUGGAAGUAUUCAUCAAAUGUUCGAGCACCACCCCCUGUGGCUUAUAAUCCCAUCCAGUCUCCAUCUUAUCCUCUUGCUGCUAUCAAACCUCAGUCAAAACAUCCUGGAGCUACCAAAACUACUAAGAAAAAAUCUAAGAAACCAUUAAGCUCCUUAGAAGUGAUGAAGCAUCAGCCAUACCAGCUUAAUGCAUCUUUAUUUACUUUUCAAGCUCCAUCGGAUACUAAGGAAAAUCUCCUUCCCAAGAUUGAUUCAGUGUCUGCCUUGAAACAAGCUGUACCAUCAAGAGUACUCAAUGCUGGUUCUCCCUCUACUGUUCAAGCUUCUUCAGUAUAUUCUGUACCAGCCUACAGCUCACAACCAUUCUUCCCAUCAAAUGCUUCUAGUCCUGUAAUUGAGUCCUAUACAUCAAUGGGCUGCCCUACAUUUUUGAAGCAAGAACCAGCAGCAUCUCCUGUAUUCUCUGUUCCCAGGCCAAAAUUCUCAGCCAAGAAAGUUGGUGUCACAGCACAGGAAAAAGGCAGUGAACGAUCUUUAUCAAUUUCUGGAUGGCUACCUUCCACUUCUUCCAGAUCCAUCUCCCCAGUUUUUCCUGUGAUGUUCCAAUCCACUCCUGAUAAUAUUACCAAAGCACCAGCAGCAGUUGAAAAGCCUGGGAAGAGGCUGACCCCUUGGGAAGCAGCAGCUAAGUCUCCUCUUGGAUUUGUGGAUGAUGCUUUUGGUCCCCAAACCAUUCAAGAAUCUAUUGUUGCAAAUGUCAUGUCAGCAGCUCGUAGGAAAACAUUAUCUACACCACCUGAUGACUGGAAGAGAAAAGUGGCUUAUGAGCAUCCAGCUCCAAGCGUCCAUUCUAAAUUAGCUUCACUUCGAAGGAGCUAUUCAGUGGCCACAUUACCUGCCAGGUUAUCAACGUCUGCUCCUAGCUCCAUUAUCCAUUAUGGUUCCCGUCUUCAGCCUGUAUAUUAUAGCCAACAUGGCCAAACUGAUCCUGGUAUGAUUUCCAUGGAAUCUAGGUCUGACUACUGUCUAUCAAUGGCUGACUCAAAUUAUAAUCCACAUCCAAAGGGAUGGAGGCGUCAAACAUGAAAAGCAAAUGGGUCUGGUGUAGUUUCCUUUCUUGAAGGUCUCCAUAUUCUAGAAUGAAAAGUGUGAAUAUAUGUUUUCUGGCCUGGUAAAAUCAAAUUUUAUCUAGAAUGAGACACUUUAUGAUUUGUCAGCAUUAUAAAAGACCUUGAUCCCAGAUUUUCAUUGUCUUGUAUGUGUUUGUGUGUGUGUAUGUGCUUGAGAGAAACAUGCAUUGAUAGACAUAGGAUAAAAUCUAGUUUAUAUAAAAACAAAUCACAAAAUGGUGUUUUGAUGUCCUUCCAUAUGUGAAAUUUUAAACUGGGAAGGAUAUAAUUGUGCAAUAUCAACACCUGUGAGUUAUCCAAUUAAUCAUUAUAAAUAAUGUAAUCUUAGUAAUCAUGAAAAAAGUUAUUUCCUUUUGUUUCUUAUACAAGCCUACUUAUGGUUAGCUAAAUGUUUAUUUGUACUAUUGGUUAUGUUCUGAUAUGUUGAGUUUUGGUCUUCUUUAUUGGCUACGCAAAUGUUAUUCCUAACCUAAAGAGUUCAGUUGCAUUAUUUUUAUCUUUCCGAGACUCAGAUAGGAUUUUUUUUUUUCUUAACUGGUUAGGGAAAGAUAAUAGGGUCUAAAGUUUCAUGCAGCUGAUACUUCAGUUUUCUGGCUGGAAAAACAUACUUCAGUGGAUAGAUGCAGAUUUUGCUUUCAGUAGGUCCUAGAUGAAUUCUUAGUAUUUCUGGUUAAAAAACCUUACAUAACAGUUGAAGGAAAGUCUUCUUGCUGAGAUUUUGGAAAGAAGCUGUCACUCUGAAUAGACAACUUUACCUUCUUGAAGGCAUCUAUAAACUCAUGUUCUUGGGGAAACAUCAGCACAAAUGGCCUCGGUGUCAGAAAAUAUGUUUAUGACUGAAGGUAUAACUACAAAAGUACAAUUAGAAAUGAAUAGCACAUAGUGGAUGACAGGAAAUCGAAAGACAACUCAAUUUGUGAGGUAAAUCAGUCCUCGGAGCAUGAGUGGAUAAGUUAUAUCUUCCAGAGAGUGCUAUACCACAAUCCCAAUAUCUCUCACACUGGUCACGCUAGCUGCUGUAAAUUGUAAAUCAGCAACUUCUGUAGGAUCACAGAUAUUUUAUUCCUGCCUUGGAAUAUAAUACUAUCAUUGCACUCUGAUUGCAGUAUGAUAUACUACAAUCAGUGAUGGGAUUCAAAUACCUGUAUGUGAACAACCAGUACUCUGUGUGGAUGCCGCUUCCGGAAGUCCAUUCUGGGCCUGGGCAACAAAAAAUUAGCUACCGGUUCUGCCGAAGUGGUGCAAACUGGCUGAAUCCCACCACUGACUACAAUCCUGGGAAUUUAAAUUCAUUUCAUUCACUUCUUUGUUUUAGGCUUUAGCUGUGUUGUUUUUAAUUUCUUUCUAAAAAUCUAACUAGACAUUCCAAGAACAAAUAAAAUACGAAGAUACUUAUUUUCAUAUCUAUUCAAAGGAUAACAAAGCAGGUUCUAAUAUGUUCACUGUUUCCUGAAUAAGGCAGGGAGAGAUAACUUUUUAAAAAGUGCUUUACAAGUAAUUCUCAAUUUACAAUAGUUCAUUUAGUGACCAUUCAAAGUUACAAUGGCACUGAAAAAAGUGUCUUAUGACCAUUUUUCACACUUACACGGUUACA